AUGGCCCAGCUCCGCGGUGCCAAGGUCUUCACCAAACUAGACCUAAGAUGGGGUUACAACAACGUCCGGGUUAAAGAAGGCGACGAAUGGAAAACGGCCUUCCGUACCAAAUACGGCCUAUACAAGUCCCUAGUCAUGACAUUUGGUCUUACCAACGCUCCCGCCGCCUUCCAACACUUCAUGAACAAAUUGUUCAAGGAUCUGCUAGAUGUAUGCGUCAUCAUAUACCUCGAUGACAUCCUGAUCUAUUCCAAGGAUGACGCGUCACACACCAAGCAUGUUCAUGAAGUCUUACGGCGUCUGAUGGAAAACCAGCUGUUCUGUAAGGCGUCCAAAUGUACCUUCCAUGUCACCUCUGUGGAAUACCUCGGGAUCAUUGUCUCUGAUAAGGGUUUUAGCCUGGAUAAGCUCAAAAUCCAGGCGGUUCAAGAAUGGCCAGUCCCCACUAAGGUUAAGGAAGUCCAGUCAUUCCUAGGCUUUGCCAACUUCCUACGUCGCUUCGUUGCCAACUUUAGCCACAUAGCUAGGCCGUUGCACAACCUGGUCAAGAAGGACACAACCUGGAAAUGGGACACAAAGGAACAGGAAGCGUUCCAAGGUCUAAAGGACGCUAUCACCAAUGCCCCGGUACUCUGCCACGCCGACCCCGCAAAACCUUACUUCCUAGAAACGGAUGCCUCCGGUGCAGCACUAGGUUCUAUACUGAGCCAACGCCAGGAAGAUGGUCGUCUACAUCCCUUAGGUUUCCUGUCGGAGUCAUUCAAAGGUGCCAAACAGAACUACGACACCCAUGACAAGGAGCUCCUUGCAAUCAUCCGCUCCUUUGAGUAUUGGCGAAUCUUCCUGGAAGGAACGGCCCAUCCCAUAACGGUAUUCACCGAUCACAGGAACUUGGAAUACUGGAAGGAAUCCCGGACCUUUAACCGUCAACAUGCAAGGUGGCACCUGUUACUAGCAGGCUACAAUUUCCAAAUAGUCUACCGUCCUGGCAAGCAGUCCGGCAAGCCAGAUGCCCUAUCCCGUUGUGCUGACCAUGCUGACAUCCCGCCUACGGAUCAAACCAUGCUGCCCAUCCUGGUAUUUGUUAACAUUGCCUUAGUCACACCGGAAAAGGAACUACAACGCCAGAUUGAGUCAUCCCUGGACCAAGACGAGUCACUGGAGGAAAUCCUCCAAUUCCUACAGAAUGAGUCCAAGGCACCCCCCUCUAUCAAACGCGCAUUCAAGGAUUACGAAAUGGAGGCCGGCUUACUCUUCUACCAAGGACGAAUUGUAGUUCCGGACGUCGGAACACUAAGAACGGAGCUACUGCGCAUCUUCCACAACAGCCCACUAGCGGGACAUCCGGGAAGACAACGUACCCUGGAAUUAGUGUCAAGGGAUUACUAUUGGCCCGGCAUCCGUGCAGACACGUAUUGGCAUGUGGACUCUUGUGAAACAUGCCAACGGAUCAGAAAGCCUAAGUACGCCUCUAUCCCACCUCAGCCACUCGAACUUCCCGUCAGGCCCUGGCAACAUGUGUCUUAUGACAUGAUAGUAGACCUACCCAAGGACGGAAGCAACGACUCAAUCCUAGUGAUUGUUGAUAGCUUUACAAAAUACGGGAUAUUUGUAAAAUGUUCCAAGAAGCUGAAAGCGCCUGAGCUGGCGGAACUGUUCCUGGAAAACGUAUGGAAACGUCAUGGUAUGCCGGAGAAGACCAUAUCCGACAGAGGAAGGGUAUUCAAUAAUAAAUUCCUGAGGGCCCUGUACAAACGCCUUGGCAUUGACCCACACUUCUCUUUGGCAUAUCACCCUCAGAGCGACGGCCAGACGGAACGAGUCAACCCUUCUAUUGAGCACUUCUUAAGGGCCUAUUCGGGGACUAACCAACGGGACUGGAGCAAGUGGCUACCAAUGGCGGAAUUCGCAUACAACAACGCUGUGCACAGCAGCACUGGGAAAACUCCUUUCAAGGCCUUAUACGGAUGGGAACCCACCUUAACGCCGUCAAAUGUACCAACGGACGUCCCCGAGGCAGAUGACCUGGCCCAAACAAUGGAAGCACAGUGGAAGGAAGUGGAAUUGGCACUCCGGCAGUCUAAGCACCGCAUGACGACCGGGGAAGAAGGAAGCCCAAUAGAGUUUGAGAUUGGAGAAGAAGCUUGGCUGGACGCCAAGAACGUCAACCUCAAAACCUUAAGUCCCAAACUUACGGAACAACGCUUGGGACCCUUUAAGGUUAUUGAGAAGAUCUCUGACCGGGCCUACCGCCUAGAACUCCCUCCAACUAUGCGAAUACACAAUGUCUUUUAUGUAGGGCUACUGUCCAAGGUCAAAAAGGACAAGAAGCGCUCCUUUGAAAAUCGCCCCCCACCAGUCACCGUGGACGGGGAAGAAGAAUACGAGGUAGAAGGGAUAACAGACAUGGAAGAAAGGAACGGAAAAUGGUUCUUCAGAGUCAAAUGGAAGGGCUAUGGACCAGAAGAGAACACGUGGGAGCCCCAAGAGAACCUCAAAAAUGCGGGGAAAAUUUUGAAGAAGUACAAAGAAGAGAUGAGAAAGAAGGCCCUUGGCGCUGCCAAGGCCCUUAGAGGGGGGGCAGUGUCGUAG